CCGGUCGACGCAAAGCGCAACAAACAUUAGCAGGCCACGAUCAGCAGUUUAUUCAAGGCCGACAUCCUUAAGGGCGCUAAAUGCUGCUAACAUAUGCUUUACCAUUGAACAUUCACAGGUGGUGAGACAUGAUUAUCGCCACAAAUUCUACGCAGCCCAGACAAUACUCAAAUACAUCUAUUCACUUACCCCGUCUUAUUGUUUUUCGAAAGACUUCAUCCAUUGUACGCUAUAUAUAAGGUGCUUUCGCGUCUGUAUACGAUAAUCCUCUAUGGCAACCCCGGUUGUCCGGACCGCCUUGAUCCGGAUCCGCUGCAUCGUCGACCAACUUUUACCUUUUACUUUUCCGGAUACUCCUGUCGCACAGGAUAUAUUACAUACAGUCAUUCUUUGUUCCCUCUUAUAUUUCGCGCCCUCGCUUUUUGAGCGAUGGCGUGGCUGGGCAUCACGGAGAGGACAGAACUUUUCCGGGGAGCAUAGGGGAAAUGGGGGUACUGGUUAUUCAUGGAUAAUUCAUCAUAUGGGCUCUAGAACCGCGAACGCAGAUGUAAAUUUUGGGGAUGUGGUCGAAGCUGAAGGCGAAUUCCGCCCGACGCCAGAAGCCUCCGACGAGGACUACAACGUCCUUGAUGAAGUUGAGCCUGAAGAAACUGGAGGGAUUGCAAAUCAAAUUCAGCUCGAAGGGGACAAUGCAGCAGCUCCAAUGGCAAAUGGCGCGGGAAGAUUUGAGCCCGAAGCAUUCGACACAGACGCGGACACAGGCGCCAGACUACCAACACAGCACCAACCUCACGUAGCUGCGGGCGAUUCGGCAAGUCAAUCUCGCAGCCGAGAGGUUGGCAAAAAGAAAGCUGCAUCACUCGCCCGUCGCGAUCAGCGGCGUGCGUAUUAUGAAUUUCUCCGUUCUCAGGGUGACGCACAGCGCGCACGGGAUCGCGCGGCUGAAGCUGUCCUAAGCACGGAACAAAUUGAAGUAAAGCAACGUCGACUCCGCCAGGAGCAGCAGCUCCGUGAAAGGCGUCAAGCGGAAUGGACAAGCAAGCGGGAACGCGAGCGCCAAAUCAGAGAGGAGCAACUUCUACAAAGACAGAACAUUGUAUCAAAGGUGCGAAAGGAUCUACAGAAUCAAGGGUGGUCUGAUAUCAGAGCUAUCUCCGAAAACCUCAACCAUACUAGUCGUCCUAAGCUAGAGUUGGAUGCUCUGGGACUUCGUCUUGAUUCACUUGUCAAAUCUCCCAGUAGAGUCAACGAAAACGACAGCCGCCAAUCAGGACAUGUUACGCCAGAGUGGGUAGUUCGACUAGUUCGUGCGGAUGGUCUCGUCAUUAACGAAGUCAGCGGAGGCAGUAUUAAUCUUCUCACUCACGCCGGGUUCCUCGUUCAUAUAGAUGAAAAGGAUAUGAGGGUAGUGUAUCAAAUGGCUCUAGAAUUCCGCGCAAAGGACGUGGGAGAAAGCGUGGGGAAAGCAAAUGGUAUUACGAGCAGCUACAGUGUUGAUGACAGGGUCGGACCUAUAGGCUGGAUUGAUAUUGGCCGAUUCUUGGAGAAAACCCUACGAGAAAACUUCCGACAGAAUGGGGGGAAAUGCCAGUGACAGCCAAAGAGUAUAACAUACGCAACCCAUGUGUUUUUCGAUGAAAAUAAACAACACUUCACACAGGUACAUCACAAAUUGGUUCCCGAACAAGUAAUCAAAACAUAACUUAGAUAGAAUAAAUGAUACAGUCAUGAUUUGAAAUAUUAAUAAUUAUUGAGUGCUGAGCAAUUCACAUAUCAUUAUAAACAGUAUUUAAAGGUAUUUGUCCCAAAUCGCAAAUUAUUCAUUAACCUUCCAUAGACUCCAAGCUCUUAAUCUUGCUAAUUCUUUUGUACCUUGCUACCUCCAACACCAAGCGCCUCUUGUUUGCCCUUCAAGUACGCAAUCUCCGUUUUUUUUUCAUUUUCCUAGACCUGCUCAUGUCCUCCAUC